AUGGUUGGCUCUGUCAAGACAUUGAGGCACAAAACAGCUUACAUUAAAGCAUGGUGGCGGCCUAAUGUCACUCGAGGAUACCUCUUUUUGGAUGAAGCUCCACCCGCAGAGUUUUUGCCUUGGCCUUCAUCUUAUCCUCCUUUUCGUGUCAAUGACGAUGUCACCAAAUUAAAAGUGUACCCGAAAAUAUUGAAUCCGAUCCAAGUACGAAUAGUGCGUUCGAUUUUGGAGAUAUUUAGAGAGCGUGACAAAGGUGUAAGAUGGUAUGUAAUGUCGGAUGAUGACACCGUUUUUGUGGUUGAUAAUUUGGUGGAAGUUCUAGCAAAGUAUGACCAUACUAAGUACCAUUACAUUGGCACACGAUCGGAGUUUGUCAAGUCUAAUUCCGAUUUUUCGUUUGAUAUGGCAUUCGGUGGAGCUGGUUAUAUUUUGAGUUACCCUCUGGUGGCUGCAUUGUCGACAAAGUUGGACGACUGUAUUGAUAGAUAUUCCUAUUCUUGGUUUAGCGAUUUGACAUUACACGAAUGUUUAACCGAUUUAGGAGUCACUCUAACUCAAGAAAAUGGCCUUCACCAGAUUGAUCUUCGUGGUGACGUAUCAGGUCUUCUAUCGGCUCAUCCACAAUCUCCAUUCCUCUCCAUCCACCACCUUGACACUGUUAACCCAAUUUUCCCUUCCAUGAACCGCUCCGAGUCCAUUAACCACCUCAUGAAAGCUGCAAAAGUCGAUCCUUCUCGUCUUCUUCAACAAACCAUAUGCUACCACAGACCAAGUAACUGGUCUUUCUCAAUCUCAUGGGGCUACUCUGCUCACAUUUACGAAAGCAUACUCCCCCGGAGCACCUUAAGGAAACCCCUCGAGACAUUCUCGCGUUGGAGAAACGCAAGCCAACCGUUCUACAUGUUUAACACCAGGUUGCCAUCAAAGAAUCCAUGUCAAGCUCCCCAUGUGUUUUAUUUUGAUUCUGUUCAUCAUCGUGUCGAUGGAGGGAAGAGGAGGACUGUUACGACUUAUUCAAGAGUAGCGCCUCGUGGUUUGAGGUCAUGUUCUUCAACUGGUAACCACUCUGCGGAUUCCAUCACCAAAAUUGAGGUCUAUUCAUCGCCAGAAGUACGGUUGGAGAUGGGAGGAAAGGACUGCUGCGACAUAGUACAUGCAAACAAUACUCGAGUCAUAUACAGGUCUUGCAUGAAGGGUGAAGUUAUUGCAUGA